AUGGGUUCAACAGGUCAAUUAACGCCCUUCGGCAAACCAAUGCUGAAGCAUUGGCUAUUUGACCCAGCCUAUAAGAACCUCAAUCAUGGAUCAUUUGGCGCUCACCCUGCACCAGUCAAAGAGGUCCAGCGCGCCUUCAUGGAUCUGGCCGAUCAGCAACCUGAUCCAUAUAUCCGGCGAUACCACGCAGAGCACCUAGACAAAGCCCGAGAAGCUGUCGCAAAGGUGCUAAAUGCUCCACGAGACGAGUGCGUAUUUGUCAAGAAUGCCACUACCGGCGUUGCAACUGUGCUCUACAACCUGGCGUUCCAGCCCGAUGAAGCACUCGUCUAUUUCGAGCCUGUCUACGGCGCCGUCGAGAAGGGCGUCGUCUCUCUGCAAGAGCAUUCCUCCUUCCAGCCCCGGAAAGUGUCGUUCCAAUAUCCCAUUGCUGAAGAUGAGCUGGAGCGCCGAUUCCGCGAGGUUGUUCGUAAGACCCGCGAGGAGGGUCUCAAGGUCCGGGCUGCUGUCUUCGAUUCCAUUGUUAGCAACCCCGGUGUGCGUUUCCCAUUUGAGCGGUUGACUGCUAUCUGUCGUGAAGAAGGCAUUCUGAGCAUCAUUGAUGCUGCCCAUGGUAUUGGACAUAUCCAUCUCGACCUCGAGAAACUACAGCCUGACUUCCUCACGUCGAACUGUCAUAAAUGGCUCUACACACCCCGCGGCUGUGCAGUCCUCUACGUCCCAAAGCGCAACCAACAUUUCCUCCGCACAACACUCCCAACCUCCUGGGGUUUCAUCCCAGCGCCGGAUUCCCCGGAGACUAUCGCAUCAGUCCUCCAAGACCCCAACGCGCCCGCAACCAAAUCCGCAUUCGAGCAACUCUUCGAAUUCGUCGCUACAAGCGAUGACUCCGCCUACAUCUGCCUCCCAGCCGCGCUGAAGUUCCGCGCUGAAGUCUGCGGCGGCGAAGACGCUAUCAUCUCAUAUUGUCAAAAGGUCGCAAAUGAAGGUGCUGAUGCCGUCGCUGCUACACUUGGCACGGAUGUUCUCCAAGAACCUGAUCUCAAGCCUGGUCAGGAAAGUCGUAUGCGUCAGUGUGCUUUGACGACUGUGCGACUUCCUAUUGCUGUUGCUUCUGCCGGGGAGGGGGCUGCUGAGUCUUUUGAUUAUACUCCUCUUGUUGUUUUGUCUGAGGAUGAGGCUCGUAGUGCUUUUUCUUGGAUUCAGAGUAAGUUGAUUGAUGAGUAUCGUACUUUCCUGCCCGUUUUCCGCCAUGGGGCUUGGUUGUGGACUCGUCUGAGUGGACAGGUUUACCUUGAGACCAGUGAUUUCGAAGCUGUUGGUGGUUCUCUGAAGGAUCUGUGUGAGCGAGUUGCGAAGAAGGAGUUUAAGGCUUGA